CUUUCUCCAAAGUAGGCUGUUGAUGUGGAUGUAUUUGGAUAAUGUUUUUCUACUUCCUAUCGUUGAAAGGUAUGGAUGUCACACUCACAAAACAAUUGCCGUCAAUUGCCGUCAUUUUACGGCAUGAAAUCCAGGCCGUUGAAACCACUAUGAGGCCAACCAACCAAUCUAAUAAAACUCUAAAAUUACGUUUAUAUCCUAGAGCUGGUAUUGGUGAACAAAAUCCAGAAGAGUCUUAUUUUCCACUUACAUCCAUCUCCAUUAAAGAGUCUGCUGAUCAAUCGACGUUAACAGAAGAAAAUGGCAUCCCAUGCUUUCGCAACAGCUGUAAGUGCUCCAACGAGAGAAACGUUGAUCUUUUCUUCGUCUUUCUCGCGACGAUCCGACGGUUUCUGCAACCUUUUCCCCAAUUCGUUAGCCUUAAAAGGAAGUAGAAGUAAAGCGGGUUUGAAUCUGAGGGUGAAAGCGAGGGGAGGAACACCGAAGUUCAAAGGGACGCAGAUGAGGGAAAAGCAGCUGACGGAGAUGAUAGAGCAGAAGGUGAUAGAAGCGAAGGAGGUAUGCGAAGGAGACAGAACCUCAGACGAGUGCAAAGUGGCGUGGGAUGAGGUAGAGGAGGUGAGCGAGGCCAAAGCCAAUUUCAGGCUCAAGUUGGAGAAACGGGAUCCUCUCGAGUAUUUCUGCCAGGACAAUCCUGAAACCGACGAGUGUCGCAUCUACGAAGAUUAAAUUUACAAUCCUGAAACCGACGAGUGUUGCAUCUACGAAGGAUUAGCUUUAACUAUUAGUACACCGUUGAUGAUGUAAUGUAGUUUUUCUAAGCAUUUUGUUAGUGCAUGCCUGUCAGUCUGUUUCCUUUUACAUUUACUGUAUUACACCCCCUAUUGGUAAAUUAAAUUUCAUGUUGUUAAAAACGUCUGUUAAUGACUAUUAUUGAUUUCAUAGAGUAUCAGCUAAAAGCCUAAA